UCUGCUGGUGGCCCUGUGCUUCAGGCGACUGCAGCUGUCUGCCCACUUCUGUAGUGUGCCUGACAGUCGCUUGCCUAUCUGACCACAGGUCUGUCCAUCCCUGGGACGGCCAACUGGCCCCAGCCCCACCCCAGCCCCAGCCCCAGCCAUGCCCCGGCUCUGUCUGGCUGCCCCAGCUCUGCUGACUCUCUCUAUGUAAGCCCUGCCUAACUGCCUGGGUGGCCCUCAGCCCCAGGACUGUCUCAGUGGUGACUCCCUUAGAUUCUGGACUUGCACCCGACUGGCCCCCUGCCUACCUUCUUAAACCCACACCUCCCACCAUCACACUCUGAGUUCCACUGUGAGUCCCAGACCCAGGAGGCCACCCGACUGCCCCAGCCUGAGGAAUGGCUUUCUGAGAAGGACUUUGAAGAAGCAGGUCUGGGACACAGCAUGCCACAGGGCCUGGCUGCUCCCUUGCUCCUGCUGAUCCUCCAGGGAGCUUGGGGCUGCCUGGACCUCACCUGCUACACUGACUACCUCUGGACUGUCACCUGUGUCCUGGAGACUUGGCACCUCCACCCCAGCACACUCACCCUCACCUGGCAAGAUGAGUACGAGGAGCUGCAGGACAAGGGAACCUCUUGCAUCCUGCAUGGGUCGGGCCACAACGCCACACACGUGCAGUACACGUGCCACAUGCCCUUGUCUGGAUUCAUGUCUGAUGAUGUUUUCACUGUCAACAUGAUGGACCACUCUGGCAACAACUCCCAGGAGUGUGGCAGCUUUGUUCUGGCUGAGAGCAUCAAGCCAGCUCCCCCUUUCAAUGUGACCGUGACAUUCUCUGGACGUUAUGAUAUCUCCUGGCGCUCAGAUUAUGAAGAACCCGCCUUCUAUGUGCUGAGGGGCAAGCUACAAUAUGAGCUGCAGUAUCGGAACCUCAGAGACCCCUAUGCUGUGAGGCCGGUGACCAAGCUGAUCUCAGUGGACUCAUAUAACGUCUCCCUUCUCCCUGAAGAUUUCCACAAAGGCUCUCUCUACCAGCUGCAGGUGCGGGCAGCACCCCAGCCAGGCACUUCAUUCAGGGGGACCUGGAGUGAGUGGAGUGACCCUGUCAUCUUCCAGACCCAGGCUGAGGAGCCCAAAGCAGGCUUGGACCCUCACCUGAUGCUGCUCCUCAUGAUCGGCUUGACCCCUGUCCUGAUCUUCAUGGGUCUGAAGAUUCACCUGCCUUGGAGACUGUGGAAGAAGGUAUGGGCACCAGUGCCCAGCCCUGAGAGUUUCUUCCAGCCCCUGUACAGGGAACACAGCGGGAACUUCAAGAAAUGGGUGGAUACCCCUUUCACGGCCUCUAGCCUGGAGCUGGCACCACAGAAUCCCACAGCAAACUCGGUCCUACAAGUGCAUGAUGGACAUUCAUCAUCAUACCCAGCCAAGGGAAAGAAGUUCCUGGGGCCACCAGGUCUGGAAGAACAGCUGGAGUGUGAUGGAGUGGCCGAGCCUGGCCCCUGGUGCACAGUGCCCUUGGUAGCUGGCCCAGGGCACUCAGCCUACAGUGAGGAGAGAGACCGGCCGUACGGUUUAGUGUCCAUUGACACAGUGAUUGUGGGGGAUGCAGAGUGUCCAUGUGCCUGGCCUUGUAGCUGUGGGAAUGACGGCUACCCAGCCCUGAACCUGGAUGCUGGCCCUAAUGCAGAGGAUCUGCUCUUGGUCUCAAACACCACUUUUCUGCCCUGUGGCUGUGUCUCAGGUGGUGGCCUCAGGCUGGGAGGUUCCCCAGGCAGUCUCCUGGACAGAUUGAGGCUGCCCCUUGCUGAGGAAAGGGACUGGAGAGCAGGUCCACCCUGGAGAACUGGGUCUCAAGGAGGGGGCUCUGAGAGUGAAGCAGGCUCCCCUCCUGGCUUGGACAUGGACACUUUCGACAGCGGCUUUGCGGGCUCAGACUGUGGCAGCCCCGUGGAGAGCGAUGAAGGGCCCCCUCGCAGCUAUCUCCGCCAGUGGGUGGUCAGGACCCCUCCGCCUGUGGACAGUGAGGCCCAGGCCAGCUAGCAUACGAGGGUCAGCUGUGAUGAGAAGAGGCCAGAAGCUUGUUGUCUCUGGGAGGGCCUUUGAGCCUGACAUUUACAGUGUGAAUAUGUAGGUAUGUGUGUGUACUUGUGUGGCUUGGGUGUGUGUUACCACAUCCAUAUGUGAGGAGUGCAUGCCUUGUGUGCACUGUCAUACCUGUGUGUCUGUCUGAGCUCACUGUGUGCAUGCACGAGUGUAGGUGUCUCUUAGACAUGAGCCCCUGACUCCUCCCCUGCAGACUCCCCACGGUUAGUGACAAGAGACCGGUCCAGAUUGCUGCCCCAGGGCACUGUCACCAAACCCAACCCUAGCAGGUGCCACUGUCUUCUCUCCUGGGCAGGGGAUGGAAUGAUCCUCUAGAGCCCAUCGGAGUGGGAAGGCUUGGGGGGAACCUAGGGAUGUAGCUAUGAAUCCCAGUUUGGGUGGCUCCAGGCCAUGCAGCCUGGAGAGGCCACUUCUGAACUCUGCUGACUUGGCUUUUCUGGACGUUAGGAAUGGUUUGGCUGCCCUGGCUCAGCCCUGUGUAGUUUACAGUCCCUUUCAGCUUCUUGAUUUGUGGCUUCUAGGACCAGGUGCAUGCCCCGAGGUGGGAGAAUGGAAAAAGUCAGCCUACACCUCCAGUCUGGGUACCUGUGGAGAGUCCUUCAAGGGCACUAAAUGGGAUUCCGGGCUGUGACAUACACAGCCUGGUCUCUCAGAAGCAGUACCACCAACCAAGGUUUUUUGUUUGUUUGUGUUUUGUUUGUUUUUUCCUGGCUUCUUAUUAAAAAGAAAACUCCUAUAAGUACUCAGAAAAUAUUAAGUAUCAGGCAUGGGGAGAGGGUACAGAGCAUAUUUCCCACAGAACCCUCUAUAUGACACCCACAGAGUGCCGGGAACACAAAUGAGCCAACAAGAAGCAGCUUCUAGGGGCUGGAGAGAUGGCUCAGUGGUCAUUGACUGCUCUUCCAGAGGACCCAGGUUCAAUUUCCAGCACCCACAUGGCAGCUUACAACUGUCUGUAACUCCAGUUCCAGGCGAUCCAAAACCCAUGGCAAAACACUAAUGCACAUUAAAAAAAGAAAGAAGGAAGGAAGGAAGGAAAGAAGGAAGGAAGGA